UUCUCUAUCUAUAUCAAGGAAGGCAUAAAAUAGAAGUGUUGGUGUCCUCUUGUGUCUUCAGAGUCAUCGUCCUCUUUCACUUGUUCUUCUUUUUUCUGCUUGAGAGAGAAUCGAUCCAAGCCUAACUAAAUCAUCAUGUCGGACGAGGAGCACCACUUUGAAUCCAAGGCUGAUGCAGGAGCCUCCAAGACUUACCCUCAGCAAGCUGGUACCAUCCGUAAGAAUGGUUACAUAGUCAUUAAGAACCGCCCUUGCAAGGUUGUUGAGGUUUCCACCUCAAAGACAGGCAAGCACGGACAUGCUAAGUGCCACUUUGUGGGAAUUGAUAUAUUUAAUGGGAAAAAGCUUGAAGAUAUUGUUCCCUCAUCUCACAACUGUGAUGUUCCCCAUGUUAAUCGUGUUGAUUAUCAAUUGAUUGAUAUCUCUGAAGAUGGUUUUGUGAGUCUUUUGACUGAAAAUGGAAAUACCAAGGAUGAUCUGAGGCUUCCCACUGAUGACAGUCUACUUACCCAGAUUAAAGAUGGAUUUGGCGAAGGGAAGGACCUUGUGGUGUCUGUCAUGUCUGCCAUGGGAGAGGAGCAGAUCUGUGCCCUUAAGGACAUUGGCCCAAAAAAUUGAAUAUGAUGCUAUAGCAGUAGCUGUAGCUGAUGGCAAAACGAUUUCUUUUAUGUUGCUAACAAGGAUUUUUAUCCACUAUGCAUGUGUACAACAAACUUAUAAGACGGUAUUUUAGCUAUGGAAUUGAAACUCGCAAGGCAUGUAAUGGAGGAGGUGGGAAGGACCCCGGAAAUGCUGAUUCCCUGAUGCAGGGAACUUGUGUUAUCAGCAGGUUGGAAUUUAUAUAUAUUUCUAUUUCGCA